AUGGCGAUCAGUGUCUUGUUGAGCCCCGCCCAUUUCACCGCGUCCAUGCCGGCAUGGGCGACGCCCUGCGACCGACCAGCCCGCCGACCAGCGCAUGACUGCUCGACGAGGGGAUACCGCGCAGCCGGUGAUGACGUUCCACGCCAUCGCCCUGCCCAGCGCGCCGAAGAUGACGGCGGGCGUGACGAUGCUCUUGUCGAUCAGGCCCUUGCCGAUCGUCUCGGCCACCGCAUGCAGGCUGGGAAAGGCGACGGUCAGGAAAUAGGCCGCGAAGUUGAAGAAGGCGGCGAACACCACGGCCGCGACCGGCGACAACAGGCGGGUCGCCACCACGGUCGCGAUCGAAUUGGCCGCGUCAUGCAGGCCGUUGAGAUAAUCGAACGCCAGCGCGACCGGGGAUCAGGCCGACCAGCAGGGGAAAGGCGAGUUCGUGCAUGGCCGCCGCCUCAGGCGUGA